AUGUCGUCUCUUUUUGGCAAGAGCACCGGAAGCUCACGAUUCCAACUGCCCGCCCUCAAUCUCAACUUUGGCAGCAUUACAGAUGGAACCAACAUCCCACCGCCUCCGGAUUCACCUGUUCAGAAGGUCCCAACUCCCCCACAGACACCGCCACCUGACAACGAAGCCAAGGACGAAUCCAACAAGCAACCAGUACAGGAUACAUACAGCAGUGUCACCGAGGACGUCAGCAAAAGCACACCUCAGCCAAGCAUCACGGCUUCAUCUAAUGGUAAUCUCGCUGGAACGAAGCGCUACGCCGACGAUGAUGCUCCUUUGAGUCCGGCUGCUUCAAGCCGCCAAGGCAGCAUCCGUCGCCUCUUCAGUAGAACCAUGUUGAAUAACAGUUAUGCAGAAGGCCAGAUAUCAUCGAAUGGAAGUGUCCCAGCCGCGACUCCGGCCGCACCUACCGGCGCCGGCGGCCUGGCUCGGCCUGGCAGCCAAGGCGGCGCAAGCUUUCUCGACGAGCGCAAGUCGAGAAGAACUAGCGGCUGGUUCAGACGUAUGAGGACUGGAGAAAAUGUCCCCAACAAACGAGCCAGUACCAUGUUUUUGGAGGAGCCUCCUCUCUCACCCACCCCUAAGAAGCAGCCGGGCCCGCCGCCUCCCAUGAUACCCGAAUUGGGUGACCUCCAGAAAGAUAACGGAAGCCUGGGCUCUGACCUUUUCAAGAACAUCAAGUAG